CUUGUUUUCCCGUUGAAUUUUUUUGCAAGCGUAUAGCCGUGGGAAAGCAGUGCCUCCCUCGCCAUUGCUCUCCCUGUUACGGAUAUUACCAAAUCAAACACGCAGAUUUGUUUGAUACUACACCCCUACGCCUCUGCCUCCGAAAACCUCGCCUUAGCUCUUCCAAACAACCAUUCAUUUUGAUCUCUGCUUCUCCAACAUCUCCCUGCUCCUGUUCCUUGUCGGUGACUUCUCUGUUUCAAUUUUAUCUGUUUUAAUUUCUUUAUUUUACUUUUAAAUCUGCUUUUCUUAUUAUUUAAUUUGUCUAGAUCAAUAUUUAAUUCUUCAAUGCCCACAUCCCCAUUUCUUCCCAUGAAGUCCUUUUCUGCUUCACGAUCUCUUAUAAUUCCCCACUGAUGCAUCUGCCGUUGUCAAUUUUGUUUGAGAUCUACUGGUUUUAAGUUCUGGUUAUUUGUUAUUUUUAACAUAAAAUCAGAAUCCUCUGGGGAAAAAGUAAAAUGUCACCAAUUAGAUUUGAUUCCAGUAGACAAUACUAUGCCACAAGCAGUUUGCUAGUUGGUUAUGCACUUUGUUCAAGCUUACUUGCUGUUAUCAACAAAUUUGCAAUAACCAAAUUCAACUAUCCGGGUUUAUUAACUGCAUUGCAGUACUUAACUUCUGCUUUAGGGGUCUGGGUUUUGGGCAAGCUUGGGUUUUUACAUCAUGAUCCUUUCACAUUGGAUAUUGCCAAGAAGUUUUUGCCUGCUGCUAUUGUCUUUUACCUUGCAAUCUUCACAAACACCAAUCUUCUGCGUCAUGCGAAUGUUGAUACUUUUAUAGUGUUUAGAUCCUUGACACCCCUUUUGGUUGCCAUAGCUGAUACGACCUUUAGGAGGCAACCGUGCCCGUCAAAGCUAACAUUUGUGUCUCUCUUGAUCAUUCUGGGUGGUGCUGUUGGCUAUGUGGCCACUGAUUCGGCAUUUACUGUGACUGCAUAUUCGUGGGCGUUUGCAUAUUUGGUGACAAUUACUACUGAGAUGGUUUAUAUUAAACAUAUGGUGAUGAAUCUUGGGUUGAACACUUGGGGUUUUGUGUUGUACAAUAACUUCUUAUCGUUGAUGAUGGCACCCAUAUUUUGGGUUUUGACUGGAGAAUACAGAGAGGUUUUUGCUGCUUUGGGAGCCAAUGCUGGGCAUUGGUUUGAACCUGUGGCGUUUACUGCAGUAUCUUUGUCAUGCUUGUUUGGUUUGCUUAUUAGUUUCUUUGGAUUCGCAGCUAGGAGGGCAAUCUCUGCCACAGCAUUUACUGUUACUGGUGUGGUUAAUAAGUUUCUUACAGUUGUGAUCAAUGUGUUGAUUUGGGAUAAGCAUGCUACUCCUUUUGGUUUGGUUUGCCUCCUCUUCACACUGGCAGGAGGGGUUCUUUAUCAGCAGUCAGUUACUGGACCGCCACAUGAGUUAACAGCAUCCAGGAAGACAGGUGAUGAGAAUAGGAAUGAUGAUGUUGAAGAGAAUCAAGGUAAGAGUGUCUCUGGUAAACAUGCUUCUGUAUGAGCAAUAUUAUUUCUUAUUUUUCAUGGUUUUAGCUGCUAAGAAGAGUGUUGGGAUGUAUGAAUCUAGGGUAUCCCUCAUUUGGAAGCACAUUUUCUGUGUGCAAUCCUGUAUUUAGAAUUUAAACAUGAUUAGCACUUAGCCCUUUAGCAUUUUGGUGAUUUAUAAAUCAUUGUGCUUCGGGUUCAUUAGUGACAAUAUUGUGGCAUUCUUUGUUGCUUCAUGUACUAGUGGUUGCAAUUUUUCCAUGUAUGGUCUUUGGCUCAUCAGAACUGAGGAAUAUGUAUUUAGUUGUUUGUUCUUUACUUUUCCUUGUUAAUAGAUAUUUUGGUUAGGAGUGUAAUCAAGCUGAGUUGAUACAGUAAAAAGUUCAAGGUCGACAUGAAAUUCGCUACUCGAAA